UUAUUCAGUUGUAAAUAUUUCUACUUUGAAAUAUUUGUAAAAAAAAUUUUGUUUAAAAAGGUAUAGAAUUUUAAAUAAAUUAUUUAAUAGAAUAAAUUUCAAGUUAGAGAAACAACAUGAAUAUCAUUUUUCCUUUAAUAUAUUCAAUUUUCGUUUUAACGUGUGCAUCAGCAAGCACGCCAGAAAUUAUACACCUCGACCUAACCACAACGGCGUCGAAUUUAGUGAAUGUGAAUAGAACUGAUGCAAUAACGAAAACAAUGUAUUGUUAUGCCGACUACUUUACUAUUCCUACUGAUUUUAUAAAUAAUAACACAUUAUGGAAUAACGUAGUCGCUAAUGUAGAAAUAAUCAUUAACAAUAUUUUGACAAAAGAAUACAAUAUGUCAGAAGAAUGUAAAAAAUUGGAGACGAUUUUAUGCGUUAACAAAAAUAUAAAUGAUGUCUGCUUCAAACAUGUUAAGAAAUGUACACUGGAAAUUUAUAAAUACUUGUUUGUCAUUAAAAACGACAAAACAAAUAAAAUUUGGCGUUCGAUGAUACGACCAGAAAAGGAUUUGAUAUUUCAUUCUAUGGAGUAUUAUGAAAAUGCUUUAAAAAACAUUAAGGAAGAUUAAUUUGAAAAACAAAAAGCUUAAUUUAUAAUACUUUUCAAAAAACUACACUAAAAAAUUUUAAACGGACAACUGAAAAUGAAUCUAUAGAUAUGGAAGUCAUUAAAAAAUUUAUACGCCUUACAUUGUAUUCAAAAUAAAAUCUAGAAUUAUUAAAAACAUUUUUUUUCUUUUUACUAAGCUUAAAAGAGUUAUUACUAUAAUUAUUAUAAUAGACAGAUGUUUAAAUAUACAUAUAAAAUAAACA